UCAAUUUAUUUGCAGGUUUCUCUUGAGGGACAGAUUUCUCGUAAAUCUGCAAUCAAAAGUCUAAGUGAUGGUUAUCAACCUUCUGGAGACCAAAUACCAUGGAAAUUCUGUGAGCAAUUCCAGGACACCAGUUUCCCUAGUCUUUCAGUCUGGAUAUGGUUCAAAAGCAGUGGAACUUUUAUCAAGUUAUUUCGAAGGAUUGAUUCAUCCUAUUUCUGAGGUGGAUGAUGUUAUGAAUGUUACAGAGACACCAUAUGCCAGAGUUACUGAAGCUGCAGAGAAGGCUUCAUUGCUAGAGGAAAAUAUAAAGCCUAGAACUAAUCUUCCUCCUUUGCUAGUUCAUCUCCGUGAAAGGCAACCUGAGAAGCUACAUUAUAUUGGUGUCUCUUUUGGGCUUACCCAGGACCUUUUUCGCUUUUGGAGGAAACGUGGCUUUGCUCCAUUCUACAUUGGCCAGAUUCCAAGUGCUGUGACUGGCGAGCAUACAUGUAUGGUCCUUAAACCUUUGAACAAUGAUGAUAUUGAAGAUAGUGGAUCGGAUAAAUGGGGAUUUUUUGGUCCAUUUUAUGAAGAUUUCAGGCAAAGAUUUACUAGACUACUGCAACUUAGCUUCCGUGAAAUGGAGUAUAAGCUUGCUAUGAGCAUCCUGGAGCCGAAAAUCAAUUUCGAGGCGCUGGAGGCUACUCCAUCUACCUCAGAUGGAUUAUUGAGUUCAAUUAAACAAUUUAUAUCACCACAUGAUAUGAAGCGACUGGAAGCUUAUACCAACAAUCUUGCUGACUUUCAUCUGAUUCUUGAUCUUGUUCCGACUCUCGCACAUCUAUAUUUCAAAGGGAAACUUCCAGUUACAAUGUCAUAUGCACAGGCUUCUGUUUUGCUCUGUAUUGGCUUGCAGGGUCAAAACAUCUCCUAUAUUGAGGGACAGAUCAAGCUAGAAAGGCAACAGAUAUUGUCACUGUUUAUAAAAGUUAUGAAGAAGUUCCACAAAUAUUUAUACAAUAUUGCUUCCAAAGAAUUUGAAUCAACCCUGCCUCAACAAAAAGAAAUUGUGAUGAAACCUCACAGUAUAUCUGUGGACGAGGAUCUCAAGAAUGCAGCAAAGCAAGUUGAGGAUGAGAGGAAAUCUGAGACAGAUGGUUUGUUAGAUCCCGAGCUUCUCCAACAAUAUGCCAUUGUGGACAGAGAAGCUGAUUUUGAGAAUGCUUUGCCUAGUAAAGGUAAGAUACCGUCAGGUGGUCUCGUUAGUUUGAAAUCCAGUAAAACUAAAAUUGAGAAGCAUGGAAAUCAGAAAGAAAGUCAUAAGAGUGGGAAAAAGCGUAGUAAAGAUGACCAUAGAUCUAAUUCAAACAAAAAGAAGAGAUCCUAAUUAUACUGACUCUGGGAAACAUCAAGAUGCAAGCAUUUUUUCAUGGAUCGCCUAUGGAGGCAGCUGAACAGGCACCCUCAAGUCCUUUCUUGCUUGUUCUUGAUAAACCUGCAUUUAUAUAUAUCUAGAUGUAGGGAGAUCUGUUUGGGAAGUAAGAAUCCCAUUAUUCUCAUGAGCGAUCAAAUCAUUCUUGUACUUCUUGUUUACUGCUGCAUGUGAGAAUUAGUAUAUAAUUAUACGGAAUUUUUACAUAGGAGCAGGCCUGUUUCAUUUUGCUUUAUGAUUAAAAAUUUUGCCUUUGUGUUUCGACAUUUAUGAAAUAAUAGUUUAUUUUUUGAA